AUAAGGAGGGAAGUAGUUCCUCAGUUGUAUUAUCGCUCCGCUGUCUUAAACGCUUCUUUAAAAUUAAACGUUUCUGUGCGUUUCGAAACCGUAAAAACAGACAAUCCGAUGGUAACGCAGUGGACAGUGGUAUAAGGAAACGAGCAGGCCGACGUUAACGUUGUUUUCGGUCCCAAACGCGAACUAUACAACAUGGCGGAGCAACAUCUACGACGUCCUUCGCGUUUUCCUUUUUGAGAAAGUGCUCAGAGUUUUGGAAAUAGAGGAGCAGGGUGAACCAAACGGAACCGGGGGUGACGGCUCUCGGGGGCAGCACCACUUUCUAAAGUUUGUGUCGGUAAUUUCCUGGAGUCUCUAAACUAAACCGUGCUGGUUUGUUUACAUUUUUAUCGCAGGCGUGUAUGUGUCUGAUUAGUCAUUUACAGCACAACGCGCUCCAGCUUGUUGGGCUGGUAUUUAGAGACUCGGUCCAGAAAAUAUAAUGUUACCGAGCCAGGUUGGAUCUGCACCAUCUGGAAACGGGUCGGGUUCGGGCAGGGGAACGACAGGACACGGUUCGGGGGCUGUCGGCGGCGGCAUCCGUCCCGUUUUGAUCAGAGCAGGGCAAGCCUUACCGGGGGUGAGCGAGAGCGCCGGUUCUGCCGGGCGACAGGCGGAAAGAGACGCCGCCGGGAUGCUGGGAGCGAACGGUCCAGGAGGUCCGAGAGGGGCGAGACCGGGGAACGGAGCUGGGAUCGCCGCCUUGCAGAGCGCGGGCCCGGGCGGCAUGGUGGGCUUGAACACCGGACUUAUGUUGCCGCACGCCGCCCGGUUCGACCCGGACAGAGAGAGUGCGCCACUCUGCAGCGGCUCCGACAAUGACUCGGACUCCGGGGAUGACGACGACCCAGUGGGUUCACUCGGGGACAACAGGAGGGGGGUGAAGCGGGAGAGAGGGGAGAUGGAGUCCGCCGUGACGGGACAGGACAUGGGAGGACCCCCCGGAGGCUACAGCAUGGUGUCCGGAGGGGUCGCCGGGGCAAAGCCGGGGAAGAAGACACGUGGGCGCGUAAAGAUAAAAAUGGAGUUUAUUGACAACAAGCUGAGGCGGUACACGACUUUCAGCAAGAGGAAGACGGGUAUUAUGAAAAAGGCCUACGAGCUCUCCACCCUGACGGGGACCCAGGUCCUGUUGCUGGUGGCCAGUGAAACGGGUCAUGUCUACACUUUUGCCACUCGCAAACUCCAGCCCAUGAUCACCAGUGAGACGGGCAAAGCUCUGAUCCAGACGUGCCUGAACUCCCCGGACUCGCCGCCGCGCACCGACCCCUCCAUGGACCAGCGCAUGAGUGCCACGGGCUUCGAGGAGACGGACCUCACCUACCAGGUGUCGGAGUCGGAGAGCAUGGGCGACGCGAAGGAAAGGAGCCUGCAGGAACUGAAGCCCACGUUCACGGUGGCCAGCCUGCCUGGCACCACCAGCAGCGCCCAGUCCACGGUCCCCACCACCUCCACCACCAUGCAGGUGAGCAGCGGGCCUUCCUUUCCCAUCACCAACUACCUGGCUCCCGUCUCGGCCAGCAGCAACAUCAGCGCCAACGGAACGGUCCUGAAGAGCGCCGGCGCCUCCGCGGGGGUCAUGCAGCUUCCCAGUGGCUUCACCUUCAUGCCUGGAGGCACCCCUCUCCCCCCCGGCACCCCCACCAUUACUCUGAGCCAGCUGCAGCAGCACUCCCUGGCCCUGCAGGGGCAGCACGGCCAGGCUCUGGCCACCGCCCCGCAGCCACAGCAGGGACAGCAGGCUGUCUUCCGCUUCCCUGCUGCUGUCUCCCUCACAGGAGCCGGGGUUCCUCAGCAGCUCCAGGCCAUCCAGGUCCACCCCAACACCCAGUCGCCCUCCAACAACGACAGCAGCCCGGAGAUUUCACACACCUCCACCAACUCCACCGCAACGGUGAGUCUCCCAGCAACCAUUGUCACCUCAUCAGUGCCAACGUCUGUGGCGGGUCACAUGAUGUAUCCCAGUCCCCACACAUUGAUGUACGCCUCCACGCCAGCGCUCGCUGACGGGAGCCUCGCUGUGCUCAACGCCUUCUCCCAGGGCACCUCUGCCAUGCAGGUGUCUCACGCACAGGCCCAAGACACAGGUGCUGUCCCUCAGGUGUUCCUCACAGCACCUCCAGGCACGGUGCAGAUCCCCGUCUCAGCGGUGCAGCUACAUCCAGUACGGCAAGAUCUACAUUUCACAAAUGGUGAUUGGCCAGCAGUCGAGCGGCAGCAGUAACUUGACGGAGCUCCAGGUGGUGAACCUGGACGCAGCACAGAGCUCAAAGAGUGACUGACAGACAGCCGACGCUGUUUAAGGCAGCACAUCCAGGGACAGAGACUCACUGACAUCUCUAUUUAUUGAUGCCUUCCUACAGUUUGAUACACCUCUGAAUGUGUCUUCAAAGUACACACAAACACACACACAAUUAAGGGCAUAUGUGUGGCUGACCCUUACAGUAUGUUUUGGUUUAUAAAUAAAUUAUAAACUAUAUAUAUAUAAUAUAUAUAUAUAUAUAUAUAUAUAUAUAUUGCAAAUGCAUAGGAAAUGUAUCACUACUACUAUGCCAUUAGAUGGUGUUAUUUUUUGUGUGCGUGUGUUUUUGAAAAAGUGUAAUUACAUGAACACACAAACUGCGAGGUGCCACAGCGACACACCAGCCAAAGAGACAUUUGUUUGUCUGAAUGUUCCAGUGUGAGCAGUUUGUGCAUGUGCAUUUCUGGGUUUUGUAAAUGGGCUUGUUCGAAAAAAAAAAGGAAAAACAAAAAAGGAGGAAACAUUUGGAAAUGUACAUAUAUAUUUUUUUUUUAAUCGAGACAUAUUUUUAGCCUGGUUCAGUUUGUGCUACAGCAUGUAGUUUUUUACGCAGUGGUUUUGUAUGUACAUGAAAAUGAUUUGCAUAAAGAUGAGGUAUUUACAUGUACAUGUAAAUUAAUUUAAUAUACCAUCAUAUGUUGAUUACACUGUCAUGCUGUGGGAGAUUUCACUACGAGAUGGAAUAAGAACGCUGGAUGUUUUUUUUUUAGUUCCUUUUUUUUUAUUGUAACAUUUGCAGGACUGUCCUUCAAACGGUAUUGAAUCGCUACAUCACUAGAUAUUUAUGGUUUACUGUAAACAUGCUCUUUACUUCAGCUGGGAAGGUGCCGUAGUGUGAGGUCUCCUGAUGAAGCCCUGAUCUGGCACUUUGCGUGUGGGAGCUAUGACAAUCUGACAGAAAUCGUGGCUUAUUUAUCUCGGACGUAGCACAGUGCUGUCUACAGUAUAGUUUCAUGUGUUUGACACAAAAUAGGAUUUUGAUGUGUUAAAUUCUUCACUGUCCACAGUUGAUAACUUUGCUGAUAAGGAGUAAUUGAAGUUUUUGUUCACCUAAUUUGAAAUGUGACCUUUUCUAAAUAUAUCGGUGUUAAACAGGUUUUUACAGAAGCUGAUCAGUUAUUUUGUCAUGUGUUUAAAGAGCAAUACACUGUAAGCCUGUCUCCCUGAUUUGCCUCCACCACACAGUAAAACUUCAAUUACGUGACACUUGAGUUGGUGAACUGGACACAAAAGCCUGGUUUAAUUAGAAGCUCUGUCGAUUUAGCAGUUUGGCUCGAUCAAUACUACGAUCGAAGUUUUGCUGCUUCUAUAUAUAUAUCUAAGCACAAUGAGGUCUCGAUGCUGUAGUAUUGCACUUAUUUUUGUAAGAACGAGAAUCUCUUCAUUUGGAAGCAACUCCAGGUGCUACUAAAUGUCAACAUAAGCCCCAGCUGACAGCGUCUCGCUAUGUACCUCAGCAAUCAUGAAUCAUCAGACAAGGAGCCUUCUUGCUGCACCAUAGUGCCUCUUUUCCAUGGCUAGUUUUAAAAUGAGUGCAAAGCAAAAGAUGUGAAGGGUUUUGGACCUGACACGUCGUCUGUGCCCAGAGAGUAAAGAACCUGUGGCAGAUAAAGCCCCAAUGCUGACUGCUGUUACUCAGAAGCCAGACUCUCUGGUGUCUGUGUUGUCACGUCCCCCCACAGGGCUGCUUGCAUACAAAUAUUACAUGUUACACUCUCCCAUAGUUUGUGGUGGUUCUUCUAAAGUAUCAUUUGUAAAUGGGGCUUAUUGAACACAAGUUGUGGUUUUCACCUUGUCCUUAAGAAAUUAGUUUAUUUUGUGUAUUAUUGUUUUGUUGUACAGACAUUUUAUAAUAAAACAAGAUGAAACACUUUGAA